AUAAGAUAAGAAGAUAACAACAACAUUAACUCACCUCGUUUUACGAAAGGGCAACCUCUCUCUCUCUCUCUCUCUCUCACUCUCGUUUCAUCCAACUCACACUCCUUCCUACUCUCCAUGGACUCUAUUUGGGUCCCUCCUCCUCCUCCGCCACCAACCGCCGUUCCCUUCACCCAGGAAGCCAUCAAUCACGCACCAGACAGCAACAUCCCAAUUAACUCCUCUGCCCCUGCGAAUCAUCCACCUUAUGCUGAGAUGAUAUACAGAGCAAUUGAGGCGUUGAAGGAGAAGGAUGGAUCAAGCAAAACAGCAAUUGCCAAGUACAUCGAGGAAGCCUACACCGACCUUCCACCUGCACACUCCACCCUCUUGACUCACCACCUCAAGCGCUUGAAGGACACUGGUCUCCUCAUCAUGCUCAAGAAAUCUUACAAGCUCCCUUCUUCUCUCCCUUCCGACAUCACUCAGAAUGCUGCUCAGCCUGUCCGGAGAGGACGCCCUCCCAGAUCUGGAAUUCCUAAGAGGCGCGGCCGCCCUCCCAAGCCCAAAUCUCUCUCCAACGGGCUCAAGCGCCGCCCACCCAAGCACCAAUUGCAGGCCACUGUCAUCCCGUUCGCUGAUCCUUCUCUCGCUCAGCCGCCCGUGCCAGUUGGCUCUCCGAGGCCCAGAGGCCGGCCCAGGAAAAAUGCAGCUGCACUGCCGCCGCCUCAUGCGGUUGGAGGUGUCGAUUCCUCCCUGAUGGUGCCAGGCCGUCCCCAGAAGCUUGCCGUCAGAGGCAGGCCCAAGAAUCCUGCCGGAAGGCCCGUUGGCCGCCCGAAGGGAACAACAUCUGCUAAUAUAGCGCAGAGGAUUGCUAAUGAGAAUCUAAGGAGGAAACUUGAAUACUUUCAAUCAAAAGUGAAGGAAUCUCUUGAUGUGCUGAAGCCUUAUUUUGACCAUGCAAGCCCAGUGCCUGCAAUUGCAGCAAUCCAAGAGCUUGAAAUAGUGGCAACUUCAGACCUCAAAGCACCACUAAGGGAUGUUCCUUCACAGAAAAUUCCUGAACAACUACCAUUGCAGGAACAUCUACUACCCCAGCCACUGCCGGAGCCACAGAUCACAUAUCAGCAACAACAUCUCCAGACACAGCUGCAUCAACUUUUUCAAUUUCAACCACAUGCUUCAUUCCCAAGCUAGGAAGAGAGAGAAGACUUGCAUGAGACUCAAUUUGAUUGAGAACCAGUUGUACAAGUGUGUUUAACAAGGUAAAAGAUCUGUAAAAUGAGUAGGAAGUAGUAAUAGCUGAGUUUUCUCACUGAGAGUCAAAUGACUGUGUACUGUCCAUUUGAGUUUGUUGUUGUGCUCAAGUAGUUUAACCCUUGUAAUAAUAGUUAGAUGUUGAUGUUUCUGUUGUCAUUUAAGUUUGACAUAAAUUUGACUUUUACAGCUUAUUUGGUCACGUUAAAGUGUAUGUUAGACCAUUUUAAGCUUCUA